UCUCAGUGAUAUUUAAUGGACUCUUAUUGCUUAAUGUUUUCCCAGCAUUUAAAGUCACAUCAUACCUUCCAGCUGAUAAGACACAAGGCAGAUGUUAACUUCAUCAAUGAGCAUGGAAACACCCCACUACACUAUGCCUGCUUCUGGGGCUAUCAGUUGAUUGCUGAGGACCUUGUACAGGCUGGGGCAUCAGUGUCCAUUGCCAACAAGUAUGGGGAGGUUCCAUUGGAUAAAUGCAAAGGAGCCAUGGCAAAGAAGCUUCACAGCUUGGCAGUUGACUGCGGCCAAAACCUUGAGAAGGUUGCCUUCAAAGAUCAGAGCUGGCUUGGCCUGAAGACUCGUAGCCGUGACCCUACCCUCUCCAGGCACAAAGGCAUUAAUAUCAAUGAACUGGCACUUCACACCAAGAUUGCUGUAAGUCCUUCCGGAGAGAUGUGGCGUGGGAAGUGGCAAGGGAAUGAAAUUGUUGCAAAAAUUCUGGCUCUAAGAGAAUGCUCUCCUCGAGUGUGCCGUGAUUUCAACGAGGAGUUCCCGAGGCUAAGAAUCUUCUCACAUCCCAACGUCCUGCCAGUUGUCGGCUGCUCUAAUUCUCCUCCAAACUUGGUGGUCAUCACACAGUUUCUCCCUUAUGGAUCUCUCUAUCAGCUGUUGCACCAGGAAACAUCAGUUGUUGUGGACACGGCACAGGCUCUCAAGUUUGCCCUGGACAUUGCGCGGGGUAUGGCUUUCAUCCACUCUUUGGAAAAGCUGGUGCCCAAUCUAUACUUGUCCUCAAAGCAUAUAAUGAUCGAUGAUGAUUUGACAGCUCGCAUAAACAUGGCAGAUGCAAAGUUUUCAUUCCAAGAAAGAGGCAAGAUUUAUUCGCCUCAGUGGUUCUCCCCAGAAGCUCUGCAGAAGAAACCAAAAGAUCUGAAUGUGAAGGCAGCAGAUAUGUGGAGCUUUGCAGUAACCCUUUGGGAGAUGGCGACACGUGAGGUUCCAUUUGCUGAUCUUACGCCAAUGGAAGCAGGAAUGAAGAUUGCCACAGAGGGCCUUCGUGUCAGUGUUCCACCAGGCAUAUCUCCGCACAUAUCAAAGUUGGUUCGAAUUUGCAUGAAUGAAGAUCCUGGCAAACGACCAUCCUUUGAUAUGAUCUUGCCCAUAUUGGAGAAAAUGUGCACACAGUAAAUGCCCAUAAUUCUCUGAGAGGAAACUAAACCUGAUGUCAUUUUUGACAUGCCUUGAAGAUCACAUUCUGGAGAAAUGUCUUUGGGUAUUAUGUUUUCCUUAUUCAUUUGUUGAGGGGUGUAACAGAUUUUCAGAUUUUACAAUUUGCUUGAAGAGGAUGUUGUUUAACUGAGUAUUAAUACUUUUUUGGCCACUAAUUUUGCAUGGAUAUAUGAAUUCAUUUCAGAUUUCAUAGUCAUAUAGCCUUUUUUCAAUAAUGUAGUCUUAAAAAAAAGUUUUAAUAAAUAUAUAUUUUGUCACAAAG